AUGCCUAGAUGCAUCGAUGAGAAACGUUGGGAUCAACCUGGUCAAGGUGCACCAAUAUUUGGGUCAAUGGCAGGGACGGCAGGGUUAAUAUUUGUUUCCAAAUUCCCAAAUAUGUUUCUCCCAACCGCCAAACAAUCGGAAGAUCCGCAACGCGGGGAGAUCGUAUCCAGCCCCGCUUGGCGAACCCACAAGGCUGGAAAUAGAAAUAGAAUCCAUCUCAAACCACCUGCAUUCAUCGAUCCGCAGUGUUCGCUAAGGCACUGUCGAUGGGUGGCCGAUGAGCGGAUGUUUGGAUUUGACGACUCCACCAGCAUGAACGCGUGUUUGGUGACAGGCAUACCGGUACCGGUACGUGUACGGGUAUACUUGUACGGGUAUACUUGUACGGUAUACUUGUACGGGUACAAGUAUAGGUUCACCGAAUUCCGAUGCAGCGGAACACUCCAAUUUUGCUCUACCAGUACUUCAAGGUGUCCACCUGUCAGAGUUCGGCUGAACUUUAUGGCUCUGGCUCUGGCUCUGGGCACUGCAAACUAAGAAAACGGGUCCAGGGUCUGAAACAUAGGGCUACACGUGACACCGCGAUAGCCCCGACGUGA